UUUUCAGCAUCAACCUCCAACACUGGCCGCGCAACAAUUCUGGAAGUACUGAAUAUCAACGAGAUUAGACCCUAGCCAGACACGAACUGCGAGAAGAGUCCUCUUAGCGUAGUCGCACUCCUGGCGAUACUCAGUACCCUAAUCCGACGGUCCGGACCGCUGAAUGUUUCAUCGAAACCCAACUUCAACGUUCUCUUCUUCUCCUUACUUUUUUGAUAGAGGAAGUAACGGUACUGCACAACCAAUUACUGAAAGAAUUCAUCCUCACUCUCGCCCUAUUGUCUCCUACUAUUUUCCAAAGCAUGUCGGUUCACAUCACUUUGGACAAUAUCAUCCAAUGAAACCAGCAAGACUCGCUCUAACUAACGCACUUGUCAUGGGCUAUGGACUGGAUAAACAGAUUCACAACAUCUACGAUGUUCGGCCCGCAACGCGAGCCGAGUUAGAGUCCUAUCAUGACUCUGAAUACAUCGAUUUUUUGUCCAAAGUCACACCCGGCAACCAGGCGGAGAUGAAGCACCUGAUAGAAACCUUCAAUUGUGGUGAAGAUUGUCCUAUCUUCUCAGACAUGUUCGAUUUCUGCCGAAUGUACGCAGGGGGCUCAUUAGCUGGUGCCCGUAAACUCUGUGCAGGAACAACAGAUAUCGCGAUUAACUGGUCGGGUGGUCUGCAUCACGCUAAACGAGGUGAAGCCAGCGGCUUCUGCUAUAUAAACGAUAUCGUGCUCGCAAUACUAGAGAUGCUUCGCUAUUACCCGAGGGUGUUGUAUAUCGACAUAGACAUCCACCACGGAGACGGAGUUGAGCUGGCCUUUUACCGGUCAGAUCGAGUAAUGACCGUAUCCUUCCACAAGUACACUGGCGAUUUUUUCCCCGGCACCGGAAAGCUCGACGACGACGGCCAAGGACCAGGAAAAUACUUCAAAUUGAACGUUCCCCUCCUGGACGGGAUAGACGACGAUAUGUACCUCACGAUUUUCAAAACCGUCAUAGGAGACGCCGUCGAUUCAUUUCGCCCGUCUGCUAUAGUGCUCCAGUGCGGCGCAGAUUCUCUUGGAAGCGACCGACUCGGAGCCUUCAACCUUUCCAUCGCUGCCCACGGGGAGUGCGUCAAUUUUGUUAGAGCUUACAACGUCCCUCUUCUUGUGGUCGGUGGCGGUGGAUAUACGAUGAAAAACGUCUGUCGAUGUUGGACUUACGAAACUUCUGUCCUCGUCGGUGCUUCUAUCCCUAAUGAACUUCCGGCCACGGUAUACGACUCUUUUUUCGCAGAUUCUCAGUGGAAGUUACACCCUCCGCUCAUUGGUCGAGUGGAAAACCAGAAUUCGGCUGCAUCUAUACAACAUAUCACUACGACCAUUCGGAGUAAGCUUAGAUAUCUACAAGGUGCACCGAGUGUAGCUCUUCAAGAGAUACCGCCGGAUAUACAAGGGUUUCUUCACGAUGAAGAGAGGACGGAGGAGGAGAGGGCGGAAGAGGUUCAUGGGACUGCGGAAGCGGGGGAGCAGAGGAAUGAUCCUGGGACGAAUGCUAGAAACGAGUUUUAUGAUGGGGAUAAUGACAAUGAUAUGGAUACUCCGGAACCUGGUGUUAUUACCCCGCGAAUUCGGGUGGCUACAAGACGGGGGAGGGGCGGACGAGGUGGUUCUGGUUCGAGUAGAGGGGGCGGCCGUGGAAAAUCCCGAACAGCCUCUACUCGCGAAGACACGGACGGGAAUGAGGAAAAGACGCAAGAGAAACCUGUAUCGACGAGGAAAGCUGCUAAAUCGAGAGGUCGGGGCCGGGGUGGACGGGGGAGGGGUGGAAGGCGAGGUAAAGGGAAAGACAGCGACGAGAGCAUUGGAGAACAAGAUUCGGACACGGCGAAUGGGACGCCGUUGGAAUCUCAAACUGAUGAUAAAUGA